ACGGGAAUGACGGCCCGAUCCGUCGAUCGACCAGUAGAAGAGGGCAAAGAGCUGAGAACUCACGCCGUCGCUGACGCUCGAGUGGAGCGCGACCUGCAACAAUGGCCUAGUACGCGCGACGAUGAAAUUGUAGAGGCAACCUACGGCCCUCACUACGCAAGCGAAACAGCGGAACAACGGAAUGAAAAACCUCCUGGGCCUGCUCUCGCAAGAAUCUUGUCGCGCAGCUCUGCUGCAUCCUAUGAUCCCGGUCCAGCACCCGACGGCGGUCUCACAGCCUGGAUCCAAGUCCUCUGCACGCAUUUGACUAUUUUUACCACGUUCGGCUUUUUCACAUCAUUUGGCGUGUAUCAGACGUACUACGAGAAUACCCUUGGCAUAGCACCCUCGACGAUUUCGUGGAUUGGAUCCAUCCAGGUCUUCCUUCUCUUCUUCCUGGGUACCUUUACAGGGUGUGCUACCGAUGCUGGCCUCUUUCGUCCUGUCUAUAUCACCGGUGCAUGUUUCCAGCUGGUAGGCAUCUUCACAUUGGCCGAGUGCAAAAGCGUGUGGCAGCUCUUUCUCUCGCAGGGUGUAUGUCUUGGCCUUGCCAAUGGUCUGCAAUUUUGUCCUUCCAUGGCCUUGGUAUCGACGUACUUCGUGAAGCGCCGCGCCUUUGCUCUCGGCUUCACAGCGCUCGGAUCGUGCACCGGCGGUGUCAUUCUCCCUGUUAUUGUGCAGCAAUGUCUGCCCAGUCUAGGAUUCCCCUGGACCAUUCGUAUUAUUGGCUUUAUUAUGCUACUACUCAACACUGUCACAAUCGCCCUGUAUCGAACCCGGCUUCCACCGAGAAAGGCCGGCCCAUUGGUUGAUUGGGCAAGCUUUGCCGAAUUGCCAUAUACGCUCUACUGUGCCGGUGCCUUCUUCAGCUUUUGGGGCUUGUACUUUGCAUUUUUCUACAUCGGAAGCUAUGCCCGUAAUGUCCUCGGUGCUACUUAUCAACAAAGCAUCAAUCUACUCCUGGUACAGGUAUGCAUGGGAUUUAUUUUCCGAUUGUUGCCUACCUACUACGCCGAUAAAAUAGGAGGUCUCAAUGUGUUGAUUCCGUUUGCCUUCAUAUGCGGAAUCAUGAUGUUUGCAUGGAUCGGCAUCAAGUCUAUAGGUACGCUAUACGUGUUCGCUGUCGUAUACGGAAGUGGCAGCGCGGUGAUACAAGCGCUAUGGCCGGCUGUCAUUGGAAGUAUGAGUCGAGAAAGGGAUUUGAAAAAAGCGGGUGUGAGAAUGGGCAUGGCGUUCACUGUGGUGAGCAUUUCAAGCUUCACGGGUCCACCAUUGGCAGGAGCGCUCAUUCAGAUUCAUCAUGGCAGCUAUACGUAUGCGAAUAUUUGGGCGGGCAUGUCCUUCUUCGUUGGCGGAUGCCUCCUCAUAGCGACCCGUGUAGCACUUGUGGGCUGGAACUGGAGAGCAAAGGUAUAGUUGUCGACCAACCGUAUAUUCUACAAAUAUCUAUUACGCAGGAGCAUAAAAGUAGAGAUUAUCUUUAUCAAGAAUGAAUGGUUGCCCUUUUUGC